GAUGUCUGGGAGGUGCUCCUCCUGCAGAGUCAAGCCUGCGCCUCCCUACAUGGCUGGACUCGUGUGUUGAGCGUGCAGAGGGCGCGGACGCAGAGCAGCAGAUCUGAUCAGCCGCCUCUGUCCUCCUGCUGAAGUGUCUUUGAGCGCGACGCUGACCCAGAACCGGACACUGACUCUGAGCCGGACGCUGACCCAGAGCCGGACGCUGACUCUGAUCCGGACGCUGACUCUGAGCCAGUGAGGAGAGAAACCCGAGAGCCGAUCCGGCAUGGAGGGGGGGCGGGGUCUACUCCUCGGCCUCAUCAUGGCAACGUGUUUCUACGGCAACGCUGCUCAGAAGACAGUCUGCACUCAAGAAGCCGUGGCCGAUAUCGUCUUCCUGGUGGACGGGUCCUGGAGUAUCGGGGCGGAGAACUUCGAGCAGAUCCGUCUGUUCCUGUACUCGCUGGUCAACAGCUUCGAUGUCGGGCCUGAUCACGUCCACAUCGGUCUGGUCCAGUACAGCAACGAUCCACGCACCGAGUUCCUGCUCAACACCUUUCAGACCAAGGAGGACAUCCUGCAGUACAUCAGCGAGCUGCCGUACAAGGGGGGCGGCACCAACACCGGACUGGGCUUGGACUUCCUGCUGAGGGAGCACUUUGUGAGGGCAGCAGGGAGCCGGGCACAUCAGAACGUGCCGCAGAUCGCUGUGGUGAUCACCGACGGGAAGUCCCAAGACAACGUGGAGGUCCACGCCCAGGACCUGAAGAAGCAGGGGAUCGUUCUCUACGCCGUCGGGAUCAAAGAAGCAGACGAAGACCAGCUGAAGGAGAUCGCCAACGAGCCGCACAGUCAGCACGUCUACAGCGUGUCGGACUUCGCAGCUCUGCAGGGGAUCUCUCAGGGCAUCGUCCAGACGCUCUGCACGACUGUAGAGGAGGUGAAACGGCAGCUCCUGCAGCUGUCCACAGAGUGUUCUCAGGCCACGGUGGCCGACAUCGUCUUCCUGGUGGACGGUUCCUCCAGCAUCGGCAUCCAAGGCUUUGAAGACAUGCGUGGGUUCCUCCGCAGCGUGGUCUCCGGUCUGGACAUCGGCCCUGAUAAAGUCCGGGUGGGCUUGGCUCAGUACAGCGACGAGUCCUAUCAGGAGUUCCUGCUGAACGAACACAUGGACAAGACCGCCCUGCUGGCUGCGGUGGCCAGCUUCAACUACAGAACAGGAGGCACGGAAACAGGCAAGGCCAUCGACUUCAUCCUGACCCGGUACUUCACUGAGGCGGCGGGGAGCAGAGCCAAGCAGCGGGUCCCUCAGAUCGCCGUGGUCAUCACAGACGGGGACUCCACGGACGACGUGGUGCAGCCCGCGCUGCGCCUCAGGCAACACGGGGUCAUCGUGUUCGGCAUCGGGGUCGGACAGGCCAACCUGUUCCAGCUGGAAUCCAUCGCCAACCGGCCUCCGGAUCGCUUCCUGUUCUCCAUCGACAGCUACGGGGCGCUGCAGAGGCUGACCGACGGUCUCCUGCAGACGGUCUGCAUCUCUGUGGAGGAUCAGAGGCAAGCCUUGGCGGAGAGGUUUGCAGACAUCUUCUUCCUGGUGGACAGCGGCGUGUCGUCCACAAACUUCAAUCAGGUCCGGAGCGUCCUCACCCGACUGUCCAACCAGCUGAACAUCGGAGCCGACGCCUACCGUCUGGGAUGGGCUCAGUACGGUCAGGACAUCAAGGUGGAGUCUCUCCUUAACGCUCACCAAACCAGAGAGCAGACCCAGAGCGCCUUGAAGCUUUUCCGCCAACGCAAACUGCCGGCCAACGAGGCGAGGAACCUCGGCGGAGCUCUGCGUUACGCCAGCAGCAGCAUCUUCACCAGAGAGGCGGGGAGCCGGGCGGACCGGGGCUACAGACAGUUCCUGGUGGUCCUGAGCGGGAAGGACUCGGAUGAUGACGUGUACAGGGAGUCCCGUCUGAUCAAGUCCUCGGGGGUGACCGUGGUGGGGUUAAGCCUCGGAGCGUCCGUGACAGAGACCCAGCUCAUAUCAACGUCCCCGUACGUGUUCAGGUCCAUCAGUCAGACCAUCGUUCCUGAGCUGAGGGCCAUCUUUGAGAAGCAGGAGCAGGACAGCGUCCUCUCUGGAGAUUGUAAAGCAGCCAAACUGGCAGACAUCGUGUUCAUCGUGGACGAGUCUGGAAGCAUCGGGAAUCAGAACUUCCAGCUGGUCCGCACCUUCCUGCACUCCAUCGUGAGCGGCCUGGAGGUCAGCCCGUCCAAAGUCCGGGUGGGCUUCGUGACCUACAACGACCGAGCCACAGCACACGUCUACCUCAACACCUUCAACGUCAAGAGCGAGCUCCUGAACUUCAUCAAGAUCCUGCCGUACCACGGCGGCGGCACCAACACCGGGGCGGCGCUCAACUUCACCCGAGAGCACGUCUUCAGGAAGGAGCGAGGCAGCAGGAAGGACCGCGGCGUCCAGCAGGUGGCAGUGGUGAUCACAGACGGUGAAUCUCAGGACGACGUCAGCAGGGCGGCGGCCGAUCUGCGCCGUGGCGGCAUCACGGUGUACGCCAUCGGAGUCAAAGACGCCAACCAGCAGGAGCUGAAGCAGAUGGCGUCUUACCCCACCAACAAGCACAUGUUCGUCGUGGACAGCUUCGCCAAGCUGAAGUCUCUGGAGCAGACGCUGCAGAAGAUCAUGUGCGUCAACAUCAUCCGGCAAGCCGUCUCCGUGACAACCAGGAAAACCAGCAUCAAAGAAGGCUGCCUGCAGACGGACGAGGCGGACAUCUUCUUCCUGAUCGAUCACUCCGGGAGCAUCUACCCCGCCGACUUCAGCGACAUGAAGAAGUUCAUCAUCGAGUUCCUGCACACGUUCCGCAUCGGUCCAGACCACGUCCGCAUGGGGGUCGCAAAAUACGCAGACAGUCCCAACCUGGAGUUUGACCUGCAGAGGUACUCGGACACCAAGGCCCUGGAGAACGCCGUGUUGGCCAUAAAGCAGGUCGGGGGCGGGACAGAGACGGGGAGAGCGCUGGAUUUCAUGGGCCAGUACUUCAACAGAGCACAGGUCGCCGACGGCCCCAAAGUCCCCGAGUACCUGGUGGUCAUCACUGACGGGAAAUCAUCCGAUGAGGUCAAGGUACCUGCAGAGAAGCUGAGGGCGCAGGGGGUCAAGGUCUACGCCAUCGGGGUGAAGAAUGCAGAUCAAGAGGAGCUGGGAGAGAUCUCAGGGGACCCCAAGAGGACUUUCUUUGUCAACAACUUUGACGCUCUGACUCCCAUCAAGGACGACAUCAUCACGGACAUCUGCUCUCAGGACGCUUGCCAAGACCAACCGGGCGACCUCAUCUUCCUGAUCGACAGCUCCGGGAGCAUCUACCCCGAGGACUACCAGAAGAUGAAGGACUUCAUGAAGUCCGUCAUCGGCAAGUCCAUCAUCGGGCAGAAAGACGUGCACGUCGGGGUCAUGCAGUUCAGCUCCCAGCAGAAACUGGAGUUCACUCUGAACACCCACUUCACUCAGGACGACAUGCUGAGAGCCAUCAGCAGCAUGCUGCAGAUGGGAGGAGGCACGCUCACGGGCGCCGCCAUCUCACAGGUGUCGCAGUAUUUCGACACGGCGCAGGGGGGGCGGCCCAGCCUGAGGCAGAGGCUGGUGGUGAUAACAGACGGGGAGGCCCAGGACGAGGUCAAAGGCCCCGCUGCCGCUCUGAGGGCUAAGGGAGUGCUGGUGUACGCCAUCGGAGUGGUGGACGCCAACACCACCCAGCUGCUGGAGAUCAGCGGGUCAUCGGACAGGAUGUACUCUGAGAGGGACUUUGACGCUCUGAAGGACCUGGAGAGUCAGGUGGCCCUGGAGCUCUGCGAGACGGAGGGAGAGUGUAAGAAGACAGAGAGAGCUGACAUCAUCUUCCUGGUGGACGGCUCCACGAGCAUCACGCUGGAGAAGUUUCAGAGCAUGCAGAAGUUCAUGAAGUCCAUGGUGAACCAGACCAGCGUGGGCACCAACCUGACCCGCUUUGGAGUCAUCCUCUACUCCACCGACGCCAAGUCUGUGUUCACUCUGAACCAGUACAAGUCCAAACGGGAGGUUCUGAACGCCAUAUCAGGGCUGAAGUCUCCGUACGGAGACACCUACACCGGGAAGGCUCUGGGGUACUCCCUGCCGUUCUUUGGCGCCGCACAUGGCGGCCGUGCGGCUCUCCAGGUGCCGCAGAUUCUGGUGGUGAUCACCGACGGCGAUGCCACGGAUCGGCACAGCCUGGCGGCUCCGUCCCUGGCGCUGCGAGAAAGCGGGGUCAGGGUGUUCAGUAUCGGCGUGGAAGGAGCCAACAGGACGCAGCUGGAGAUCAUGGCCGGACAAGACAAGUCCAAAGUGUUUUAUGUGGACAACUUUGAAGCCCUGGAAGGUCUCUACAAGAACCUGACUCUGGAGAUCUGCGAAUACACGAAGCCAGUUUGUGAAAAACAGCAGGCUGACCUGGUCUUCCUCCUGGAUCAGUCCGGCAGCAUCAACCCUUCAGACUACGCCAUCAUGAAGAAGUUCACCACGGAUCUGAUCUCUAAGUUCAAAGUGGGCGAUGAUAACGUGAAGGUGGGAUGCGCCCAGUUCAGCGACGUCUUCAAGCAGGAGUUCUACCUGAACGAGAUGUACACCGAGGAGGCCGUGAUCAAACACAUCUUUGCCAUGGAGCAGACGGGCGGAGGCACCACUAUCGGCCACGCCCUCAACUCCAUCAGGGAGCACUUUGAGGCGGCGCGCGGCAGCCGCAGGUUAUCUGGGAUCUCCCAGAACCUGGUCCUGAUCACAGACGGCGAUUCUGAGGACGACGUGGAGGAUGCAGCCGAAAGUCUCAGGAAGCUGGGGAUCGAGGUGUUCGCCAUCGGCAUCGGAGACGUCCACGAUCUGCAGCUCCUGCAGAUCACCGGCACCCCGGAGAGGCUGUUCACCGUGCAGAACUUUGGAAGCUUGGAGAAAAUCAAGCAGAAGGUCGUCGACACGAUCUGCAAGUCCAAACAAAUCCCAGAUCGCCCCAGCUGCAGCGUCGACAUCGCCAUGGGCUUCGACAUCUCUCGAGCAGACAAAGCUCCGGGCGACCUUCUGUUCAGCGGACACGCCAAGCUGCAGAACUUCCUCUCCGACAUCGCCCAAUACGUGUCCUCGCUGCACGGCCUCUGCUGCGUCGGCCCCGCCCCCAUCAAGACCAACAUCGCGUACCGGCUGGUGGGUCGAGACGGGCGCGAGCUGUUGGACACUCGCUUUGAGCCGUACAACUCGGACGUGGUGGACAAAAUCAAGAGCCAGACUCUGGAGCCGACUUACUUCAACACGGCCCUGCUGAGGUCCUUCAGUCAGAAGAUGAGCACAGAAUCUGGAGCAGGAGUGAAGGUGGUGGUGAUCUUCUCUGAUGGAUUCGAUGAUGACGUGAUGAGACUGGAGCAGGAGUCAGAUCGUCUGAGAGAGUCUGGAGUCAGUGCUCUGCUGGUGGUAGCUCUGGAGGGAGUGCGUGACCCCGCCCAGCUGCAGAGCGUGGAGUUCGGUCGAGGAUUCGGCUACAGGCUUCCUCUCAGCAUCGGCAUGCCGAGCGUCGGCAGCUCCAUCCUCAAACAGAUCGAGUGUAAGCUCAUCACCUACAUCAGAGACAACUGUGCCUGCUCCACGGGUCACUUGGCGUGCCCGGCCUACCCCACCGAGCUGGUGUUCGGUCUGGACAUGUCUGCGGACGUGACCCCGGCGGCCUUCGAGAGGCAGCGCUCCGCCCUCCUCUCCCUGCUGGAGGACGUCACCGUCGCCGAGAGCAACUGUCCGACCGGCGCCCGCGUGGCCGUGGUGGGAUACAGCGCCUACACCAAGUACCUGAUCCGUUUCCACGACUACCGCCUCAAGUCACAGCUGAUCGAGUCCGUGAAGAACAUCGCCCUGGAGAGGACGUCCAACAGCCGCCAGCUGGGCGCCGCCAUGCGCUUCGUGGGUCAGAACGUCUUCAAACGGGUCAGGUCAGGGAUGCUGAUGAGGAAGGUGGCGGUCUUCCUUACCAACGGGCCGACACAGGAUGUGGGCGACGUGGUGACCGCCAUGAUGGAGUACCAAGGCCUCAACAUCGUCCCGGCUGUGGUCUCUCUGAGGAACGCUCCGGCUGUUCGUCAGGCGAUGGAGGUGGACGACACGAGGAGAGCCAUCUUCACGGUGCUGGGGAGGGACAUGUCUGCUGACCUGAACACGGUGAAGGACUGUGCCAUCUGUUACGACCCCUGUAAGCGCUCAGACCAGUGCUCCUUCAUCCAGGAUCCGGCGCCGCCUCAGGAGGCCGAUGUGGACCUGGUCUUGGUGAUGGACGGCUCCAGGGAGGUGAAGGCUGACGAGUACGCCGGCGCCCAGCAGCUGCUGGGUUCUGUGGUGCAGCAGCUGGCUGUGAGCCCUAAGCCCGGCAGACCCGGGAACCGGGCCCGGGUGGCUUUGGUCCAGCAGGGCAGCACCCAGGCUCUCAAGGAGGAGUUUGGUCUGCAGACCUACCAGAGCCAGGACCUGAUGAAGAGGCACCUGAUCCAGAACCUGCAGCAGCAGGGCGGCUCCUCGGCUCUGGGACGGACGCUGGAGUUCGCCCUGAGGGAGGUGCUCCUGAAGGCCGGCCAGGCCCGGAAGAAGAGGGCGCUGCUGACCGUGGUGGGCACCCAGACGGCUCUCCGGGACCGGCUCAAGCUGCAGUACGUCUCCCAGAAGGCCAAGUGCGAGGGGGUGGCGCUGUUUGUGGUGACGGUGGGCGAGCGCUACAGCCGGACUCAGGCGGAGGAGCUGGCCGGUCUGCCCUUACAUCAGCACCUGAUCCACGUCAGCAGACUGAACGCUGAGGAGCAGGGCUACUGCCAGCGCUUCUUCAGAGUCUUCCUCUCCGCCCUCGACAAGGGAGUCAACACGUAUCCUCCUCCUUCACUGAGACAGACGUGUCAGCAGCUCAGAGAGCCGGGGGAAGGAUUCCUCGACGGUCAGGGAGCGUUCACCUUCGUGGAGGAGGUGGGGACGUUUGGGGAGCACACGGGAAGAGGGACUCAGCAGACCGGCCAGCUGGACAUCAUCGAGACCCUGACCCGGGGAGACGGCCAGAGUGUGGUGUCUGCAGCCAAGAUCAACGCCCGGUGUCUGCUGCGGGCUGAUACCGGCCUCCAGUGUGACGAAUCCGUCCGGGCGUGGUUCUUUGACACAGACGUCGGUGCAUGCUCGCCGUUCUGGUUUGGCGGUUGCGGCGGUAACGCCAACCGCUUUAAAACGGAAACCCAAUGUUUCCGGACGUGUGGCAUCCAUAAUCCAAACAUCCUGCCCAAACCAGAGCUGGUCAGCUUCGCCUCCAAAGACUCCUGCUUCCUGGCUCAGGAUCAGGGCGGCUGUCAGAACUACACCAUGAUGUGGUUCUUCGACACCGAGCAGAACGAGUGCUCUCGCUUCUGGUACGGCGGCUGUGACGGCAACCAGAACCGCUUCGGGACCCAGGAGGAGUGUGAGACCCUGUGUCUGACCAAGAGCCGGUGAGGAGGAGGAGGAGGAGGAGGAGGAGGAGGAGGAGGAGGAGAGAGCAGCUGUAACACCCAACAUGCAACAGCAGAACCUUCAAACACACGUGCACGUUCAAGAGAAAACUCCACACAGACCUUUAUCUGCAGCGGGUCUGAUCGGGGACGGGGGGGACUGGUAUCGUGUCUCUGCUUCGACGCAUUCAGGGAAAAGUUUCCUCCGCUCUGAAACCCGGCUGCUCGGAGGGUUUCUCUUGAACGUGCACGCUCUGUUUCCCCCGCAGCUCUUCACCCUUUCACCAAACUCUGAAGGGUCGGACCCUCACCAGAGACCGACCCCCCAGUCCCUCACAUCAGGUGCUAGUCUUACCGAGCAGGACGAGACCAGAACCAGUGUCUGAAGGAAAGUGAAACGACACGCCUCUCUCGUGUCUGACUGAACCUUCAGGUGUCAGGCUUCAUUUAUAACCCCGGGUUUAUCUUCAUGUUUGAGCUCCUCGUUCUUAAAGAUUGUGGUCUGACUUUAAAGUUCAGACCACUUCAAACCCACACCUGGAGCUCUGAUUUACAGAACGGACGACGUGAGAGUCUCACUUUCAGAGUUUGGGUCUUCACGCAGAGACCAGGAUGAGGACUGGUUCACUCCUGGAGGUUUCUGGAUAUUUUCAGGAGCUCAUCAAACUUCAGAAUGAUUCUCCUUCUUCUUCUUCUUCUUCUUCUUCUUCAGAUGUUUUUAUUCAUCCUGUUUCCUGUCGCUCACACCGGCUGCAUGAUUUAAACCCCGCCUCCUCGCUGGUGUUUCAGAGAGGUCACUCAAAACAUCAACAUAUCGGUCAGUCACCUAAAAUCCUCUGAACUCUGGUUUCCUCUCCUCCACCCUGACGUCUGUGAAAAGACCCAAACUCUGAAAGUGAGAUCCUCCUCGAGCUGCAGACCUGUGAGGUUCUGCAGAGCGAGUCCAGGAUCAGUCUGAACCUUCAAAGACCAGGAUCCAGUCUCUGUGUGUGAGCCUGCGUCUGUCUGUCUUUAACAUGUGGUUUAUAAAGGGACUGAUGGUGCUUCAUGUAAAAAACAACAAUAAUAAUAAAGAAUCUAAGAAAGA